ACCAUGGCAUGCAGGGAGGAGCCGCAGCUGCAGCACCCGCCGCCCGCCGCCUACAUCUCAGCUUCUUACAACUACCUGGUGAUCGGGGGCGGCUCGGGCGGGCUGGCCAGCACGCACAGGGCGGCCGAGCUGGGCGCUAGGGCCGCUGUGGUGGAGAGCCACAAGCUGGGUGGCGCAUGUGUGAAUGUUGGAUGUGUACCCAAAAAGGUAAUGUGGAACACAGCUGUCCAUUCUGAAUUCAUGCACGAUCACAUUGAUUACAGCUUUCAAAGUUGUGAGAGUAAAUUCAAUUGGCAUGUCAUAAAGGAAAAGCGUGAUGCCUUUUUGAGCCGCCUGAAUACCAUCUAUCAAAAUAAUCUAACCAAGUCCCAUAUAGAAAUCAUCCAUGGCCACGCAGCGUUCACAUGUGAUCCCAAGCCCACAGUAGAGGUCAAUGGGAACAAAUACACUGCUCCUCACAUCCUGAUUGCCACAGGCUCCCGUCCUCAGGAGAGCCAGAUCCCCGGUGCCUGCCUAGGAAUAACCAGUGAUGGAUUUUUCCAACUGGAAGAAUUGCCUGGCCGCAGUGUCAUUGUUGGUGCAGGCAACAUUGCUGUAGAGAUAGCUGGGAUUCUUUCCGCUCUGGGCUCAAAGACAUCACUAAUGAUACGGCAUGAUAAGGUACUUAGAAAUUUUGAUUCAAUUAUCAGUUCAAACUGCACUGAAGAGCUGGAGAAUUCUGGCAUAGAAGGCCUGAAGUACUCACAGGUCAAGGAAGUUAAAAAGACUUCCUCAGGCUUGGAAGUUUGCAUGAUUACUUCAGUUCCUGGUAGGAAACCCACCUUGACCACGAUUCCAGAUGUUGACUGCCUGCUAUGGGCCAUUGGGCGGGACCCAAACUCCAGUGGCCUGAAUUUAAACAAAGUGGGGAUUCAAACUGAUGACAAAGGUCAUAUCAUCGUAGAUGAAUUCCAGAAUACCAGCGUAAAAGGCAUCUAUGCAGUUGGGGACGUGUGUGGAAAAGCUCUUCUUACUCCAGUUGCCAUAGCUGCUGGCCGAAAACUUGCCCAUAGCCUUUUUGAAUGCAAAGAAGAUUCCAAAUUAGACUAUGAAAACAUCCCCACGGUCGUCUUCAGCCACCCCCCGACUGGGACAGUGGGACUCACGGAAGAUGAGGCCAUUUAUAAAUAUGGAAAAGAAAAUGUGAAGACCUAUUCAACCACCUUUACCCCGAUGUAUCACGCGGUUACCAAAAGGAAAACAAAAUGUGUGAUGAAAAUGGUUUGUGCCACCGCCAAGGAAAAGGUGGUUGGGAUCCAUAUGCAAGAAAUCGGGUGUGAUGAAAUGCUGCAGGGUUUUGCUGUUGCAGUUAAAAUGGGAGCAACAAAAGCUGACUUUGACAACACGGUUGCUAUUCACCUUACCUCUUCAGAAGAACUGGUCACGCUUCGUUGAAAACCCAGAGACUUGUAUG